GAGAAGCCCCUGUUGGCCCCGGAGCCCCUCAUUAUGGAGACCAUAGACGCUCUGAUGGGGGAGGUGAACAAUUGGAACUUUCCUAUAUUCCACCUGGUGGAGAAAACCGGACAAAGAUGUGGGAGGAUCCUCAGCCAGAUGUCUUAUCGUCUAUUCUAUGAUAUGAAUCUUCUGGAAACAUUUAAGAUUCCGCUAAAAGAAUUCAUGAACUAUUUCCACGCACUGGAGAACGGAUACAGAGAUAUUCCCUAUCACAACCGUAUCCACGCCACCGAUGUGCUGCACGCCGUCUGGUAUCUGAGCACCCAACCGAUCCCAGGACUACAGACCGCCGCCUCCGACCACAGCUCCGCCAGCGACUCCGACUCGGACAGCGGGAUCACACAUGGUCACAUGGGAUACGUCUUCUCUAAGACCUAUAACCCCUCGGAGGAGACGUACGGCUGCCUCUCCGCCCAUAUACCGUCCCUGGAGCUGAUGGCGCUGUACGUUGCGGCUGCCAUGCACGACUACGACCAUCCGGGAAGAACCAACGCCUUCCUAGUGGCGACCAACGCUCCUCAG